GCCAUCUGCGGAAAAGAAAAGAGGGGAAAAAAAAUGAAAUACCUAUCCUUAAUAUUUUUCAUGAGUUUAUUACCACAAUAUGCUGGCAAGUCUCUGCAUGGAGAUGGCAGUCACCCAAGAACAUUUGAAGAUAUUAAAAAUGAGAUAGCCGGCUAUUCUGAUACUGCUAAAGCUAUUAUUGAUCUUGCUGUUCACGGGAAAGCGCAGAACAGAUCCUACGAAAGGUUAGCGGUUUUUGCUGAUACCGUAGGACCUCGACUCAGCGGCUCGAAAAAUCUAGACGCAGCCAUCCAGUAUAUGUUCAGUGCCCUGCAGAAAGAUGGGCUGGAAAAUGUGCACCUGGAGCCCGUGAAAGUGCCUCACUGGGAAAGAGGAGAAGAGUUUGCCGUGAUGCUGGAACCGAGGAACCACAGCAUUGCUAUUCUGGGACUUGGGAGCAGUGUUGCCACUCCUCCAGAAGGAAUUACAGCGGAAGUCAUGGUGGUAGCCUCCUUUGAUGAACUGCACAGAAGAGCUCAAGAGGCCAAGGGGAAGAUUGUGGUCUACAACCAGCCUUUCGUCACUUACGGUGAAACUGUGCAGUACAGGUCGCAGGGAGCUGUGGAAGCUGCGAAGGUCGGAGCAGUGGCAUCCCUCAUUCGAUCCAUUGCUUCUUUUUCUAUCGAUAGCCCACAUACCGGCUGGCAGAAUUAUCAGUCUGGCGUACCCCGGAUUCCCACUGCUUGCAUCUCUGUGGAAGAUGCUGAAAUGAUGUCACGGAUGGCUUUGCGGGGCACUAAGAUUGUUGUGUACCUGAAGAUGGGGGCCAGGACCUACCCAGACUCUCCUUCUUUCAACACUGUGGCAGAGAUAGUUGGAAACAAGUACCCAGAGCAGAUUGUAUUGGUCAGUGGACAUCUGGACAGCUGGGAUGUUGGGCAGGGAGCUAUGGAUGACGGUGGUGGAGCAUUUAUAUCAUGGGAAGCAUUAUCACUCAUUAAGGAUCUGGGACUUCGUCCAAAAAGAACUCUGCGCAUGGUGCUAUGGACAGGAGAAGAACAAGGAGGAGUAGGUGCUGAGCAAUACUACCAGUUGCACAAGGAAAACAUCUCCAACUUCGAUAUCGUCAUGGAGUCUGAUGAGGGCACCUUCAAGCCAUCUGGGCUGGCUUUUACUGGAAACGCUAAAGCUCGUGACAUCAUCAAAGAGAUCAUGGCUCUGCUGCUGCCUAUCAACGUUACAGAUGUUUUCGACAACGCAGAUGGAACAGACAUCAAUUACUGGAUGAGGGACGGGGUGCCCGGUGCCAGCUUGCGUGAUGACCUCAGUAAAUACUUCUGGUUUCAUCAUUCUCAAGGGGACACGAUGACAGUUCAGGAUCCAAACCAGAUGAAUCUCUGUGCUGCUGUUUGGACUGUUGUCUCCUAUGUAAUUGCUGACAUGGAAGAGAUGUUGCCAAGGUAAUAAAACAGCAAGAAAGAAGAUUUCUGUUCUUCGGUAAAGAUUGUGAGUCCACUAAUGCAUGUGGUCUACAGCUGUAGGAAAUUCCUUUUUUUCACCCUGAUUUUGCACAUUAUUAUAUCUGCUUUCCUCAAAGUUACAUACUCCUUUACACAUUCCUGAUUCUUUUUGCUAUUUUAAUGUUUUCCAUUUGUGAUUUUCAGUUCAAAUUUCCUUUUUUUAAGUACUUUUUAAAUUUCCGAUGAAAGUAUGAUAGCUCUCUGUCAUAGUAAAAUACUCAUUUAUAUACAAACUGAUCUGGUGCAGCAGGAAAAAAUAUAAGAAAAUAAAUUCAUUGCAUCAGAAUAAUUAUUGUAUUGAGUUAGUGAACAUGUUUAUGUUAUGAGUUAGUUUUCUGCCUUUCAAUCUAUGCAUUCAUAUGGUAUCCUAUUAACAAAACAGCCUUUUCUUACGUUUUUAAGGUAAUACUGUAGUUUUUAGGCUCUAGGACAUAUUAAUCAUAGUACCAUUAAAUGUCUUGGGUUGGAAGGGAUCUUGAAGAUCACCUAGUUCCAACCCUGUCCUGCCAUGCGCAGGGAUGCCACCUUGGCUGUUCUAAUGGUAAUAUAUAGUAAAAUGUUCAGGUAGUUUACCAUACCAUGGUAAAAUGGUAUGGCUUUAGAUAGCUCCGUCAGCCCCUACUGCUGAAUCUUAAUGAAGGUUGCUUCAUGCAAGACUCAGAUAAACCAGGACCUAGAGGAUAGAAAGUCAAUAAUGGGAUUUCCAGCUCUCCAGGCAGCAGCAGCUCCUGUGUUUCUUUGGUCACCUCCCCAUGGAAAUCUGUGCCUGUCCUUUUCUUUCUGAUGGAAAACUCACAGUCGUGACAUGCAGAGAAUUGUGUGUGGCAGUGUUUCUCUGAAAUGCCAUGAUGUUUCAGAGACGGCCAUCACAGCUGUGAUUUGUGACCUUCACUACUUGCCAGCUGAUGUCCAAAUGAAGUGUAAGAGCAGAUAUUGGUUCAUGGUGCUGAAGCCAUUCACAGAGCUGCCCCUCUCACUUUGCUGGGUCUCUCCUGCUGGAAUUCAGGCAAGAGGAUGCUGGAACAUGGGCACUUUUAAGGAGGAGUGAACUUGGGAAUUUGAUUAUUAUGUACUACCCUGCGGUUUGGUUUGUUUUGGUUUGUUGUUUUCUUAGUUUGGUUGGUUUGGUUUUGCUUUGUUUUUGCUUUGUUUUGUUUGUUUUGCCUUCCUGCUGCAAGAUGAUGUAUAUUCAGAGUUUCGGAGGUUUCUGUAAAGCAGAUAACGACUGGUGUUGGGGAACAUUUUAGAGCAUAUGAUUUCUUCUCAUUUCUUUGCGACAUGGUGCUUGUUUGUGGUUUUAAAUUUUACAACAAGCAGACUUGCUGAUGUGACUAACUGCUGCAGUAUAAUCAAUGCAAAACAGCGGAUGUAACAAACAACGCAGAGUAUUAAACCAAAUGGCAGGCAAUCUUGUGUGCUGUUGGUCAGUUCUGUAGUUGAGCAAUAGCUUAGUGAUGAGCCAUUCAUUUUUAUGGAAUUAAUAACUGUGAUACCUGUUUACCAUGAUAAACCCCCUAAUAAUGGUUUUACAUCAAGUUUAUUAAACAUUUCAAUUUUCCCUCCAAAUCAUUUCAGGAACAUAAAAGCUGCCCGAGAUACUCUGCUAUUUCUUUUUGAAGAAACAGUAUUGAAAUAAAGUUGGCAAAAACGUCCUAUGCUUUCAAGGCA